GAAACAUCCGCAAAAGCCUGCGGAGCGGAGACAGACAUGGCGUCUCCGGCGCGGGGCGGCCACGUGUGGGUGGGGUCCGAAACGGGGAUUUUGAAAGGGGUCAACCUGCAGAAGAAACAGGCCACGAAUUAUAGGAUGGGAGAAACAACGCUCAGUCGACAAGAAGCUGUCACUGCCAUGUGUUGGGGAGAUUCGUAUGAAUCGGAGAUCUUUGUGGGAUGUUUCGAUGGAUCCGUCAGAUUAUUCAGUACGGAAAAGGGCAAGUUUAUCGAAUCACAAGACUGCCAUGGAGGUGAAGGACCCUUUUGUGGCUUAGCUGUCCUUGAUGGUUCCCUUGUCACCUGUGUGGAGUCUGGGUUGAUGAAAAUCUGGCGGGAUUCCCCCUCGGAGAACGUGGAGAUUCAGGUGGGGCCCGGCGUGUGCCGCAUGAGGCAGAAUUCCCAGCAGCGUCACCGUAUCGCCACAGGGGGGAAAGAGAAUUGUCUGAAAAUAUGGGACCUGCACCAGCCUCAGGAACCGGUUUUUCGAGCCAAAAAUGUGCGUCACGAUUGGCUUGACCUGAGGGUACCUAUCUGGGUCCGGGACAUGGAAUUCCUGCCUGGAUCAGAGAAGAUUGUGACUUGCACCGGACAUCAUCAGGUCCGGAUUUACGAUCCCAGCUGUCCCCAACGCCGUCCCGUCUUGGAGGUGACCUUCGGCGAGUACCCACUUACGGCUCUCUCGCUCACCUCCGAUGCAAAUGCUGCUGUUGUUGGCAGUUCCCACGGAGACGUUGCGGUGAUAGAUCUACGGCAAGGGCGUUUGGUGAAGUGCCUCAAGGGUUUUGCCGGCAGCGUCCGCGCCAUCCAGUGUCACCCUACGCUUCCUGUGGUUGCCUCGUGUGGAUUGGACCGUUUCCUUCGGGUACACAACCUCCAAAGCCAGCGUUUAGAACAUAAGGUUUAUCUGAAAUCCCGACUGAACUGCCUCUUGCUGGCCAGCAGGGAAAAAUGGGAGAGUGAGGACUUCGAGCCGUCCAUUAACCUGCAGGAUGAGGUGAAAGAGGAAGACGACGAAUUAUGGAACUCCAUGGAAGUGGUGGCUUCCAAGCGGAAAAUCGAUCAGGAUCUUGGCUCCCAGACGGGGAAUCCAAAACUCCCCAAGGACCCGACCGUCAAGAAUCAGAAGAAGAUGAAAAAGACUAAAUUAUGUUCGCGGUGAGAGGGAAGAAGAAGAGAAAACUCUCAAUACGGAAAAAAACGGUCAGCCAUAAAAAAAGGCUGGAUGUGGAGAAGUCCGGGUUGGCAUCCAGAUCGGAAAGUGCCAAGGUCACCGUGAUUUGGAGGCGUUGGUCCCUUUUCAACAGCACCCAUGCUGUUAACAAGCGCCUGGAAGGAGAAACAGCCGGACCCAGCGAAAGACUUGCUCAAAGCUCCCAGAUUAGCAAUAUCAGUGCCGAGACUGUGUUGUGACCGCUGGACAGAAGAGUUAGCUAGUGUUGCGGCAGCUCGGUUCCAACAUAUCGGAAGUUGUACAGCUAUGGGGAAUAAACAUUCAUUAUCAUGUAUGUUUCCUAUGAAAUUGCAGGUUGUGUGCGUGGUGCAAAGGAAGCAGUCAGAAAAUGGGUUGGUUGGGUCUGAAAGAAUGGUUUUAUUCAGUGUUUUUCAAACAUGGGGAUUUUGAAGCGGCAUGGGCUUCAACUCCCAGCAUUCCACAGCCAGCAUGCUUUGAGAUGGGUGGACUUCAACUCCCAGAACUCCCCAGCCAGUAUGGCUGUGGGUGAGAAUUAUGGGAGUUGACGUCCACAAUCCUAAAAGUGCUCCCAUCGUGGAGAAACUUAAAUCUUGUAUGCAUUGGAUUGCAACUCCCAUCACCCCCAGCCAACCUUGAUGUGGUUGGCUGGGGGGAGUGAUAGAGUGUCAAUCCAAUGCAAUGUGUGGGGAAGAAAAAUAAAUAAAAAUUUUGAUCGG